GCGGUUUCCAUGGCAAUCAAACAUGGCGCCGGGUAAGUCCUACAUUCGCUCGACUGAAGAAACAUUUACGGGUUUAACUGACUAAAUGUGAAUAUUAUCGAGUUUUUAUAAUCAUAAGACAGGUAAACUGUUUAAGAUUUAACAGUUUAAGCCUUUUAACAGCGACAGUUGGAGUGAAAAUGAUAAAAAAUACCCGCUCAAGUUUAGGAUGAAGUUAGCCGAUGUUAGCUCCUAAUUAAUGAAUAAAUACAUUUUAUUUAAUCUUUAUUAUGAUAUAAGCAGCAGGUUAAACCAUAGAAACAGACACAGAUUUAUAGUGACAGUUAAACAGACAGACUGUAGAGUUAAAAUCAUCUUAUUACUGAUUCUGUCAUGAACUGUUACCUUAUAAAACACUAAAUAAUAAUUUAACAGAGUCUGUGUUUGUGUGACCAACGACAGAGGAAAUCCUCAUUAAAACUGUGAGAUUAUCAGAGUGAACAGCUGCUGUUUGAGAGAUUUAAUCUGAUUUAUCAUGUUUUUAUUGUUUUAAAAAUAAAGAAACUCUGACUCAUAAACAGCAGAUCAGUCAGUGUGAUCGGCUGAAGAUAUAUGAUCAGAUCUAAACCCAAACUCCAUCUAAAUCAACAGUAUUGAACAGGUUAGAGUCUGAUAACUGAUGAAACACUUUCUUGGUCGACUCGUAUUAAUAGAGUUUUUCUAAAAUGAUUAAAACUGUUUCAAUAAUAAGGAGAGCUGCUCUUCUUCUGUCAGGCUCAGAAGUUAAACUGAUGUUUCAGUCUUUAGUGUUUUCUUGUCUUGACUGUUGCCCAAUUAUUUGAUCAAGCGCCUCAAAACAAGAAACUAUAAAUGUGUUUGUAGUUUGGUAUGAUUUUUGUUUAAUAUGAAUCAUGUAGGAAAACCUUUUAAUUUAGUAUCUCAGCUUCAGACUUCUAACUAGAGGCUCCAGACUCACUUUUUUAAACCGGCUUUUUACUAAUGACCUUUUUAUAUUUCUCUUAUUGCAGAUGUUCAUUUUAAUCAAAGUUCUUCAUGUUUAUUUUAUGUCAUCUUAUUAAUUAUCUCUGUUCUUAGUCUUUUUCUUAACUCCAGUCACAGGUUUUUACUUCUUUUACCCCUUUCUCACAUGGUUAAAGAGUUUUUACUUUUUACUCAUCUGUUCAUUUAAUAUGAUUUUCUUGUUUUAGUCCAUCCGGUUUUUACUCUUUCUUAUCUCCAGUGUUUCCUAAAGGUCGCUCUUUCCUCACGUAAUGUCAGGUCGUGUCUCUUUAAGAAUAUAUCUUAAAUUCUCACACUGUGUGCGCUUGUGUGUGUGGGUCCAUGGGUGUGUGUGUGGGUGGGAGGGUCUUUCUUAUCUCCAGUGUUUCCUAAAGGUCUCUCUUUCCUGAAAAUUGACAUAAAAAUAAAGUUAAAUUUGAAUUUAAAAGCCUUCACGCUUAUUUCACCCUAACUCUACCAAGAACAGAGGCUCUAAACACAACUGUACUGUAUAGAGAAAUAAUCAUCUUCCACCACAUGUGAUUAACACUGACAGUGAGUGGAGAUUCAAAAAGGAAAUGAAGGAGGUCGUUAUUAGUAAAGAAAUUCUAUUUUUUUAGGUUUUAAAAACUAAAGGACGUUUCACAUUUGUGAAUUUUUAUUGAUAUAUUUGUAUUUUAUUGUCUGUGAUUUAUUGUACUGUGUAUUGACUGUUGAACUAAAGGGGAUCAUAAUAAACAAACAAACAAACAAAGUGACUGAAUAUUUUCUUUCUUUUCUCUGCAGGAGGCCAACCUAUCGUAUCCUUCACAUGACACUGGAGUAGUGUGUGUGUUUCUGUGUGUAUAUGUGUGUUAGUGUGUGUUUGAUAUGUUCCACUCUGUUGUCCUUCACUCUGUCCCCCCCCUGCAGCUGUCGUCCACCCCUCUGCAGGUCCUCUUCUACCUGAACAGCUGGUACUUUGCCGCCUUCUACCUGGCUGAGAUCCUGAUGUUCAUCUAUAAAGGUCAGUUUGACUCGUUUUCACCUCUUUACUCCUGAUAAAUGAUAAAUCACUGUGAACUGACCACGCUGAGUUUCAGGACAUUUAGUGAACGGUAUAGUGACACCUGCUGGACAAACAUUGGUAUUACAUUUAUCUUAAAGGACUGAGUUUAAGAUGAUCUGAAUCUUGAUUUAUGUCCCAAUGAUGAUAAAAUACUUAAAGUCACUGAAACCUUAAACCUCAGGAGAAGUCUGGAAAAGAAACAUCAACUUAAAAUCAUCAUUUCUUUUUAAAUGACCAUUAAACUAAUAAGAUAAGUUGUUAAUAACUUGUCUUAUUAAAUCUAAUCUAAUCUGAUAAUCUCUUCAGAACCAUCAGAAUAUCUUAAGGUCAGAUCCAAACAGCUGCUGCAGGUGGAGGAGAGAGUCCUCCUGUCUCUGCUUUCACUCAGUCUGCUGUUCUCCAUCCUGAUCAGCUGUUUUCAGUCAGCUCAGCGUGAACCUACCAGGACAGGAGUCACCUUUUACUGUCGUUCACAGACGGAGGUUAACGUUCAGACAUGUUUCCGCUCCUUCUUCUUUAAGUGAAAAGAUAUCUGGAUUUUUACCUGCAGCUUUUGCGCCUAACCCUAAACCCUUGAUCAAUAUUCACUGAAAUUGUGAGUUUUGUCUUUUCUGUCUUUUCAGGGAUUUUACUCCCCUACCCCUCAGAUAAUCUGGUUCUGGACGUGGUUCUGCUGCUGCUCUUCCUCGCUCUGGAGACUCUGCGACUCUUUUACGGUGAGCAGAAUAAUCUGGAAACACGACAGAAGACAAAGAUGUCAUCAGUUCAGUCAGUGUGGAAACUCAGAGUCGGACACUUUUCAUUGUUUUUAGCUCUUACUGCUGAUGAGAUCCAGCUCUGGACUUUAGUUAUCAUCAGUAUCGUCAUAUUUCUGACUCAGAGCCUGAAGUCUGGAUUGUUUUGGACUUUCCCCUGUCCUUGAAUCCUCCUUGAAUCCUCCUUGAAUCCUUGUGUUUCCUCUCAGGGUGGAAGGGGAACCUUUGUGAGCGCUCUCUGGCCUCGUGUGCGUCGCUCUUCAUCCUCCUCCCGUGCGCCGCCCUGGCCGUUUACUACCUGCUGCUGCAGACCUUCGUCCUGCGGCUCGAGUUCGUCCUCAGCGCCGUCCUGCUCUGUUUCUACGCCCUGGAGUUCCUGCUCGGUCUGCUCUCCGUGUCCGCCUUCUCCAGGUGAAGCAGUCCUCUGAUACUCGCCGAUCUUUUCAUGAUGCUUCUUUAUGUGGAAACACUUUUUAUUGUGUUUUUGUUCCUGUUUUUAAAGGUCCAAAGUUUACUGAAGAGGAGUCGGCGUGAAGGAGGACGAGCAGAGGACUGUUCAUACUGUAAAUUAAACUUUUUAUUCUCUAAUGUAAAUGUGACAAUAAGUAUUUUUCUACUGUUUGUUUUAUAGAAAUGUUGAAUUCAGAGCAGAACAAUGUUUGUGAACUGAAUUAUGAUGAUGGACAGAGACAGGGGAAUCGUUUCAGGGCCAAAAUAAAACAACAUUUUUUUACUGAUCAGGGA